UGCUAUAUUAUAAGAAGAUAUUAUUAUAAAUUUUAGUUUUACCGUUUUCGAAAAAUGGAUAGAAUUGAAAAAAUACCCCGAGAAAUGUCUAACAUUAUUCCCAUGUUUGGCGGAGAUGAAAUAUUACUUAAUUUGUUUAUUAGAAAGUGUGAAUAUCUUAUUGCGUGUUGCCGCAUAGAAGGAAAUCAAGACCAAGAUUUAUACAUUUUUCACGUAAUCACUUCUAGAUUAUCAGGUAGAGCAGCUAAUCUUAUUAGAGAGCGUCAAGAUUUAGAUACAUGGCCGAUAUUAAAAAUAGCUUUAGAACAACAUUUCGGUGAUCCACGAUCGGAAGAGUGCAUAGCAAUAGAAUUAGAAACUAUGAAAAUGAACAGUGGCGAAUCAUAUCUUGAUUUUUGCAAUAGAGUACAGUACGUUAAAAGCACAUUGAUCGCUAAAGUUAACUUGAUUGAUGAUGCUAGUUUACGCCAAAGUAAAACAACAAUUUAUGAUAAUAUGUCAAUGAUUGUAUUUUUAUAUAACUUACCGGAAGAUCUUAUUCGUAUUGUUAGGUUAAAAGGAUGUAACUCAUUGGAAAAGGCGCUUAGUAUUGUGCUUGAGGAAGUUAAUUUCCUAUACCAGUAUAAUUCAAAAAAUAAAAUGAUGAAAUCACAAAAUAUUUUUUGGACAAGACCGCAGUUUAGGAACCAUAAUCCAUUUGUAGAUAAAUUUGGAAUGAAGCCUUUCUUAACUCUAACACACGUACAACCACAACAACAAUUUAAAUUUGGUGUCACUUCACAAAAUAAUUACCCUAAUAAUUUUAAUAAUAAUCAGCAACAAAACCAACCUAAAUUCAGGUUCGGUAUUCCACAAAGCAAACAGAUUAAAUUGCCUAUUUCGCAGCCACAACAAUUUGGAUAUAAACCUCAAUUUAACCAAAGUCAAAAUCAGAUAGGCUAUCGACCCCAGUUCAACCAGAACCAGAGUCAAUUAGGUUAUAAGCAGGAUUUUAAUCAGCAACAGUUUGGUUACCGACCACCUGUACAAAGACUACCACCACAGCUAUCAACGGACGUAAGUAUGCGUACGGCUCCUCCUGCGAAACCUCAAGGAUUCAGUAUGAAUGAAGUUUAUAAUCUUAGCGAAUUGGAAAUCGUAGAGCCUGAUUGUGUGUACAACGAUUACGAUUAUGAUAAUAAGUGUACUAACGAAAAUAACGAUAUUCCAGAACACUCAUUAGUUUCAGACACACAUGCCUCCAGCAAGCAUGAUGAAGUUAUUAUAAUACCGCUAUUUCCAUCAUUUAAUAAUCCUGGAACACACAAAUUUUACGUAUAUGACGUAGAUGGUCGUUAUGAUGGGCUUAUAGGAAGCGAUCUUCUGAAACAAUUAGGUGCUAUAAUCGACAUAGAAAAUCAAAUUCUUUUUACAAAUUCCUCGUCUAUCCCUAUUGUAUAUAACCCUACUAACGAAAUAAAAGUAGCUCCGCGUUGCGAACAAAGAGUUAGGUUACCAACUAAUCUAGAAACCGGAGAAGCUAUAAUGAACUAUAAAUUAUCUUGUGAAGGUGUGCGAAUGCCAGACGCUCUGGUAACUUGUAAAAAUGGUUUGAAACUCGAUGAUGACAAAAUUUAA